AUAAAAGUAAAUGGUUUGCUUUUGAAACCAUGCAAUUUUUGAGAGACCGUAACAAGCCAAAUCAAACUACAGAUACUGCGGUAAAGGAGACAUCUCAACAGGAAGAUAGAUGUGAUGAUGAACAGAGGCCCAUAGAAGACCAAGAACGGCAAGAAGUAGGAGCAACAGAAAAUGUUUCCACACCAACUACAAGUAAAACAUUGAAAAGAAAACGCGAAUCCACCCCUAAUGUAAUGAGUGAAGCAAUUAAUAUUUUAAAAUCCAUACAGGUUAAGAGACAGGAUAAAGAUGAAUUUGCUGUGUUUGGUGAAGAGGUUGCCAUCAAACUCCGCAAAAUACCAUCUCCGCAUGCCAGGUUCAUGGCACAAACAAUAAUUAACAAUACCUUAUUUGAGGCACAAAUGGGAAAGUACGAUGGCCCUAUUAUCCAACCACAGCAGUAUCAUCUCCCUUCAACUAUAUCCGCACAAUAUCAACACUUUCAUCCACAUUCAUCCAUAUUUUCAUCCAUUGACAAUCCAAAUUAUAUCACGCGUGCACCACCACAUAAUACACCUUCAGAAAACUCACUCACCGACAUAAUGUCGCCAAGAACUUCGACAACGAAAGAGGAUAUUGAAGCCAUAUUAACAGUUUUAUAGAAAAAUAUUUUAAA